AUGGGUUUGAGAGAGUCUGAUAAGUUUGCUACAAAAGCCAUCCAUGCUGGUGCGCAUGUUGAUAUUCACGGAUCUGUCAUCGAACCGAUCUCUUUAUCUACUACGUUCAAACAAUCUUCGCCAGCUGCUCCAUUGGGUGAAUAUGAGUACUCUAGAUCUCAAAAUCCAAACAGAAAGAAUUUGGAAGAGGCAUUGGCUGCUUUGGAAAAUGCAAAGUAUGGUCUAGCUUUUUCUUCGGGUUCUGCUACUACUGCUGUUGUCUUGCAAUCGCUACCACAAGGUUCUCAUGCUGUCUCUAUUGGUGAUGUCUAUGGUGGUACCCAUAGAUACUUUACCAAGGUUGCCAACGCUCAUGGUGUGGAUACCAGUUUCACUAAUGACUUGAUCAAGGAUUUGCCAAGUUUGAUCAAGGAAAACACCAAGCUAGUUUGGAUUGAGUCUCCAACUAAUCCAACUUUGAAGGUCACAGAUAUUGCGCUAGUGGUUAAGACUGCUAAGCAGAUCAACAAGGAGAUUCUCGUUGUGGUCGAUAACACUUUCCUAUCACCAUACUUGUCCAACCCAUUGAAUUUCGGUGUUGAUAUCGUGGUUCACUCUGCAACCAAAUAUAUCAAUGGUCACUCUGAUGUGGUUCUUGGUGUUUUGGCAACUAACGAUAAGGCUAUCUACGAAAAGCUUCAAUUCUUGCAAAACGCUAUUGGUGCUAUCCCAUCGCCUUUCGACUCUUGGUUGGCUCAUAGAGGUUUGAAGACUUUGCACCUACGUGUUAGACAAGCUGCAUUGACUGCCACUAAGAUUGCUGAGUUUUUGGAACAGGAUUCUAACGUCUUGGCGGUUAACUAUCCAGGCUUGGCUUCUAACCCAGACCGUGAAAUCGUCCAAAGACAACACCGUGAUGGUCUAGGUGGUGGUAUGAUCUCAUUUAGAAUCAAAGGUGGUGCGCAGGCCGCAGCCAAGUUCAGUUCUUCUACAAGACUAUUCACUUUGGCUGAAUCUCUAGGUGGUAUCGAAUCUUUGUUGGAAGUUCCAGCAGUGAUGACCCAUGGUGGUAUUCCUAAGGAACAAAGAGAGGCUAGUGGUGUUUAUGAUGAUUUGAUCAGAUUGUCCGUCGGUAUCGAGGACUCUGAUGAUCUAUUGACUGACAUCAAGGAAGCUUUGGCUGCCACCACCAAAUAA